AUGGCAAACCGUGCACAUCCGGAAAAAGUCCUGCAUAGCGGCGUGGAUUACAAAUCCAUGUUUGAUCCAAAAGUCUUUCUAGACGAUUACCAUGGACCAGGGGAACCCCAGUCAACGGUUACAAAGGAUGUCCUUCACAGUUUGUUCAACACUGGGGACAUUAACGGAGAUCGUCUGCUAGACUUGGGCAGCGGGCCUGUCAUUAGCAAUCAUAUCAGUGCCGCCAAGUGGUUUAACGAGUUGAUUUUCAGCGACUACGCACCUGGCAACAGAGACGCGUUGAGAAAAUGGAAGAAUAACGACGUGGAUGCAUUUGACUGGGACCCGGCUUUUAAAUAUGUGGCAGCUCUAGAGGGUGAUGUGUAUGUAUCGUAA